AUGUGGAGGCAGGAAACCGACUCCAAAUUAUCUGAUAUAAAGACCUCGGUGGAAGAUCUAUUGAGGCAGAAUACGGAAAUACUGUCAUCGCAAAGUGAAACAGAAAAAUCUAUUGAAUUUUUGUCAUUAAGGUAUGAUGAUCUUUUGCAGCAGAUCGGAUCGCAACAAAUGCGGACCCAAGCAUUACUCGAACGUGUAGCUAAAGUGGAAGCGGCUACUGAAGAUAUUGAUCGUCGUUCCCGAUCAAGUACUCUCGAAUUUCGUAAUAUCAGGCUCCCAAAUAAAACUCCUUGUGUGGAAGACUUGCUAACCGCUGUUACAUGCAUCUUUAAAGCGAUCUCCGUAGACGUAAAUAAAUCAGACAUCUACGACAUUUACAAGCUACCAUCAAGAUCGGAUGGCGUCACAAUUGUCUGCAGACUAAAUUCAGUUCUCCUGAAAGUUAAAAUACUACAAGCAUUUAAGGAUUAUAACAGGCGCAAUAUAAAUAACAAGCUUUACUCAACAAUAGUGGGCGGCUCGCAGCAUCCAGUGUACAUAGGCGAGCAUCUGACACCACAGUCUCGUCGACUGUUCUACUUGGCUCGCGAGUACGCAAAAGCGGAAAAUUACAAGUAUUGCUGGACUUCAGGUGGCCGGGUGAUGCUGAGGAAAGCAGACAAUACAAAACUGGUCAUGGUUACCUCUGAGGGCCAGCUUUCUGGACCCCAGUCAAAAAACUAG